GGCAACAUUAACGAAAACGUAGGCGCGACAGAACGUCCACCGAAUUCGAUGAAUCGAAAUUCACAGAAUACCGAACUCUCUCGGUGUGACAGCGUAAAGCUGCGUUGGAGAGUGUAUCUUCGUCUCUCUCUCAACGUAUCUACCUGCAUCCCCUACUCUCCGGCCAGGGCCAAUGAGAGCCCGUCUCUUUGACGGCUUCAAGCUCCCGGGUGACUCGAUGUUGAUCUUUUUACUUUUUAAUUCACUUUUGGACACGCGUUGAACGUGAGAGGGGCUUAAGGAGCUUUCAGAUCUUCUCUCGCAGUAUACGACUGUCAUCGAACGUUAACCCUUCAGUGCGUGCUUCUGUGAACUUGCGUAUUUUCUUCAAGUACUUUUCAGUUUUAUGUGACUUUGAAAGUGACUAUUUUCUGUGAUGUUCGAACGAGUGAUGGAAUAUAUCCUUCUUCGACUCAGAAGCUGAUCCAGAAAUGCAGGGCAUUGUAUUUAUGCACCAACAAGGUUCACCACCUCCAAAUAAUACUUCAGACAUGGAAGUAUCCCCUAGUCCAAUGAACUACUCGACCAAAGAAAAAACAGACCAAAGCGGCCACCAAGACUCAGGCGUCUUCUCAGCCACAAACAACUCAAUAUACGACGUAUCUACCAACCGAAGUCACAUGACGCAGUCAGAAACCUGCCCAUCAGAAGCAGGCAGCGAUUGCAGCGCCACCGAUCGUUUUUCCUGUCCGAUCUGCUCCACUGUUUUAACCUCCCAACACGAAUUCACCCUACACAUCAAAUCUCACAACGUUGACUCUGAAACCGUUCAAGACGAUAAAGGUUAUACCUGCAGGAUAUGCUUCAAGGUGCUCAGUUCUAGUUCUAGUCUGGACAGGCAUGUCUUGGUGCAUAGUGGAGAGAGGCCUUUCCACUGCAAAUACUGUGGCGAUACCUUCACAACCAACGGUAACAUGCACAGACAUAUGAGAGCCCACAACCUGAAGAACAAGAACUAUGAAUCGGAUGGUAGCACUGAUAGCAGCGCCAGCAACACCGAAUACAACAAUAACAGAGUCAAACCCAAGCAGAACAGAAAGCGUAAGCUAGAAAUCGACGAUGAGGAAAUCACUGAUACCAAGAAAGUCUUCGCUGAAGAUGCCAGAAGGAUCUACAGGUGUCCAGUCUGUGAAAGAAACGACUUUGACUCAGUAUCCGUCUUAGAGAACCACAUGGAAGACAACCACCCAGACUACCCAGCCAAAUGCCACCAGUGCGGUAUAGUCUUCUCCAACCAGAAGCAGGUGGAAGUCCACCGCGCUGCAGUUCAUGAAAAUGUAAAUCCCAAACAUUCUGUCGUUGGUUUCAAAGACCUCACCUUCGUGGACUUCUCCAGCCAGAAAUUUCCACAUAUAGCCAGGUACGAGUGCGAAAAGAACCUGCAUAAGGGUUCUGGAAGCUUGAAGUUCCAGUGCAACAAAUGCAACCGUGCGUUUCCUUGCUCCAACGCCCUGGAGUUCCACGAAAAAGACUGCAGGGAAAGCGGAGCCGGUCUAGACCUCACUUCCCAAAAACUCACUGAAGUAGAGGUCAGACGUAACGACUUCUUCUCCCGAUUAAACCUCCAAGAUGUAUCACCCGAAAAAAAUAUCAGAGAAACCCCUGGAAAGACUGAGUUCAGACUCCUACCAGACAACAACAAAGACUUGGCGGACAUACAGACCAUCAUUUCCAUGACCACCAGUGGUAGCCUGCUACAGCAGCUUCAGCAUAAGACCAACGAGAUGGCUAAUAACCUGCAGAAGUCAGAAGUGCAGCAAGAGGGUGGUAAGAAUGAAGAGGAAGAGACCCAAGAUGCCUUCGCCGUUGAGUUCAGAAAGAUGAAGUUGAAAGGAGAGUUUCCUUGUAGAUUGUGUACAGCCGUGUUCCCAAAUCUUCGAGCGUUGAAAGGCCACAACAGAGCGCAUUUAAACGGUAAUAACAAUGGUUCUUAUCGUUGCAACAUGUGUCCUCAUUCUUCCGUGGAUAAAGCUGCUCUUAUACGUCAUAUGCGCACCCACAAUGGUGACAGACCUUACGAAUGUUCACUUUGUAAUUAUGCCUUCACCACCAAAGCGAACUGUGAGAGGCAUCUCAGAAACCGCCACGCCAAAACUACCAGAGAAGAGGUCAAAAAAUCCAUCAUUUACCAUCCUUCCGAAGACCCUACCAACGAUGAAAUGACCAAGCUAUCCAACAGGGAAGACUCCAGGAAGAUGCACAAUUCUUCCAGUGAAGUGUUCGAUAAUUCUCAAGAGAAAAUCCACUGCUCUACUCCAAAAUUCGAGGCUAGACCUCAGCAUAUACCAACCCCGGAAAGAAACCCUAUGCUUUCCAACCUCCAAUCGCUGAAAGAAAGCCUCAGUUUGUCCAUGGGCAAAGAACCUUUGCAGUUGUUCCCUAACAUCAACGAUGUCAUCCGAAACGAGAACCUGAAGACGUUGAAGGAAUACAGAAACGUCCACAACGGUGCUAUCCCAUACCUGCCACCUUACGGCUUCCAACCUAAAAUAAAUCCUAAUCCAAUUCCACCAUCCUCUGGUAGUAUCCAAGUGAAGGACCUCAGUGCCUUGAAGAUGAACCCAUAUGAAAAUUCGGAAGAUGAAGAGUAUGAAGAUGACGAAGAAUCAAUCGACGUUGUUUUAGAUCUGAGCAAGAAAAGGACGCCUGAAGAAGAACCAAAACCUGCUGAAGAUGCUCCCCAAGAUUUGUCUGUUAAAGCUUCGCCGCCUCUUCCACAAGUUACUCCACCUGUGGCGGAAAUGCUCCAGGCUAACCUCCUGAGGACACCUCCUAAGAUCGACCCUACAACCUUAUACACUCAAUUGGCUCUAAUGAGGGGUAGUUUUGGGCUGCCAGGUUGGUCAGGCUUUCCUUUCAAUCCGCUGUUUUUGCAACAGCUUCAGAACCAAGUACCUUCUGGUGCGGCUUCAGAUAUGAAGGAGAGGUUGAGAAACCAGCUGUGUGGUGGAACUGUCAUUACUGACAAUCGUUUGCAAGCGUUACAGCAGAUUAGGAACGCUGGGUUAAUGCCAAUGGCAAUGAAUAAUUUUGGUGCUGAGGCUAGACAAGAGGUGGACAGCACGUACUCUGCCUCCAAGAUAGCGGAAGAUAUGAGCAGACCGUUGAGUUUGAAGAUUGAACAAAAUAUGAGUGAUAAUAUGUCUAAUAUGUCCAGUCCAUUGCCACCUACCAAAGCAGACAUACUCCAAUCGCCCAACUCGGUGAAGAUGGUGAUAAAGAACGGUAUUUUGAUGCCUAAGCAAAAACAGAGGAGGUACCGCACUGAAAGACCUUUUACUUGCGAACACUGCUCUGCCAGGUUCACCCUACGCUCAAACAUGGAGCGACACAUCAAACAGCAACAUCCCCAGUUCUGGUCGCAACGACAAAGAGGUAACAUCGGCAACCCUGGAAGAAAAUCCCAGGUGAUGCCUAUGAAACCUGGUUUCUGCGAUUUGAGCAUACCCAACUACGAGAUGCAAAAAAGUCAAGGGUAUGACGAGAACAAGGAGAUGUUUAACGAUCGACUAAAAUACGCCAUCCUUGCCCAACAUCUCAGGGGUGUCAAUAGCUACAACCCCAACGCUCUAAAACGUGAAGAAGACGAAGAAGACGCUUUGGUCAUUGACGAAAACAGCGAGGAGAAACCGGAUGUUGGACAGGAAUAUUUCAAGGAAGAAGAGCAGCAAGAAGAAGAAGAAGAAGAGAAAGAGGAAACUGCCGAAGAGGAGACUAGUUUCGAGACCAAGUCUGGUAAAUUGGAAGAAAGUCAAGACUUGGUACCUGUGUCCAGGUUGUUGGAUAACGCUUCCCAGCAACAGUUCAACGAGUAUUUCAAGAGAGAUGUUGAAGAAAAUUGUGCUGGGAGUGAAGAAGACGAAGAGGGAUUGGUUGCUAGUGGUAGCACCAGCGAGGGAAAUAUGUCUGGAACUGAUGAGAAUAAAUCCGAAUCAGAAAACACCGCACCAGUCAAGAAGAAGUCAGCCUAUUCCCUGGCACCAAACAGAGUGAGCUGCCCCUACUGCAGCCGAAAAUUCCCUUGGACUUCCUCCUUACGUCGUCAUAUCUUAACCCACACAGGCCAGAAGCCCUUCAAAUGCAGCCACUGCCCUCUGCUCUUCACCACCAAGUCCAACUGCGACAGACACCUGUUGAGGAAACACGGCAACGCUGCCACCACCAUCACCAACGACGUGGCCAAUAACAACGCCAACUACCUUAUGAGAAACGUCCCUGAGAGGCCUUUCAAGUGCUCGAGCUGUCCUAGCAGUACUUUCUCCACGUACACCAACCUGAAAAAACACAUCAGCUCUAAACAUGCUACAAACGCUCAAGGUGACGACAUCAAGGCUCAAGGGUAUGAAGCUGGUAGCUCAGAAGACGAGAAGAUCAUCAGCGUUGCCGAUUCUGUCAACGAAUGGACCAACCAAAACCUUCAGACUAAGAUGCAAGAACCUCUACCAAGUGUGGUGAAUGCUGACCAACCUUUCAAGUGCCAUCUCUGCGAGUUUUCUUUCGGUGAACGCCAAGAAGCUUUGGACCACAUCAAAGACAAGCACAUCAGUGAAUACAACACCUUAAUGUCCAAGAAUGCCUUGGAUAACAGUGCUACCACACCUGAGGAGAGUACUCACAACGACGAAGAAGAUUCAGAAGUUAGGGGAAAGUUUCCUGAUUACUCCAACAGGAAGGUGAUAUGUGCCUUCUGUAUGCGUCGGUUUUGGUCCGCUGAGGACCUGAGGAGACACAUGAGGACCCACACAGGUGAGAGGCCCUUUAUGUGCGACAUCUGUAGGAGAAAGUUUACAUUGAAGCACAGCAUGCUGCGACAUAGGAAGAAGCACAACGUUAACUUUGACAACGACGGUGCUGCCAACAGUGACGAAGAAGGAGUGUUGACCAAAUACGAAAGCGGCAAUAACAAUAAAAGAGCCGAAGAUUCUGAUUGUAACGAAGGUGGUGACCUCAUCAGCAACUUGCUGGGUAUCCGACCAUCCUUCAUAGAAAAGGUGCUAACAGCUUCCGCAGACGAUGCUGCCAAACUGCUGGGAGUUAACAACGGUGCGAAAGAGUAAUAUAGGUUAUGUGAGGUUAUACUGCGCACAAAACUGUUGAUAGUGUAUGUGGAGUGAGGUUUUUUUAGGUAACCUUUGUAAAUAUAUCAAGAUUUUAUUUAUUGUUUUCGAUUUGUAAUAUUGUUUCGAUAGUAUCUAUCUGUGAAUAUGAAUUUUAUUUAAUUCUUGUCUGUUAAAAUCAUGUCUAGUCACCAUAAAAUUAUUUUUAUUUUACCGUAGUUUAAGGAACUUGUAUAUUGAUAAAAAUGGAAUGAGUAUAGACUAGUUAGAAUUUUGUAGAAAUAUUAUAUUAUUAUUAUUAUUAUAUCGUACUACCACUUAGAGAAUGUCUAACCGAAUUUUUGUAAAUAAAUUAAAUAAUACGGUCUAGAAAACCAAAGUUCAAUUGCAAUGGGUGGUUCGAAAAGGAAGGUUCUUGUGGAAAAGUUCAACGAACAAGCAUAAGAACCUCAACUAGUAGGCUAAAACCCAUAAAUGUACAGAAAAGCAAUACAAUUGUGAAUAUUCUUAAGUAUGCGCACUGGAAUUGUUAAAGAGUGUGGUGUGUUGCCGCUUUAACCUUGAAACGUAAAUCAAAAUUUGCUGCAAGCACUUUGUAGUUUGCUGUGAAAGUCAAACAGUAGUUUUUAGAAUUAUACGUAGAUCACUUAGUUUUGUUAAUUAUUGUUGCACGUUUUAUUAUUUAAUUAUAUUCACGUUCACGCUGUGUCUUAUAAAGUAUUUACGGCUUUCGAUGCAAUCUGUUUGUAUAAAAUCCUCGUUGGUGAGGUUAGGAUUGGAUCGUCUAAGCUGAUUAGCAAUUUCGAAGCAAUCUAGAUAAUGGAGAAAUAGUUCGAAUUAUUUAUGUAAGGUGGUUUUAUUACAUAUGUUACUUUGUUAGUUGAACUUAUGCCAUAUUUGAGUAAACGAAAAAUUAUAAGGUUUAUGUACAACAAACGUUAUUGCAUUCCAUAUAAAAUGUGUAUUUAUUUGAAAUUAUUUUAAUAAAUUAUGGAUCCUCCAAUAAA